AUGUCUCUCGCUCCUGAAGCGACUCUAUCUACCAUGAAAAACAGUCCGAUGCAGCCAACGACAUGUCCAAUGGCUUCAAGCGGUAGUUAUGGUGGAGGUGGUACUGGUGGUGACAAGGGACUGCCACCACGCAAAGAGCGGAGCAAGUCACGCAACGCUGGCAAGCGCAUGGGCGGCGGUCAGAAGGCGUCCUGGAAAGUGGCGGAGAUUCCGCGUGCUGUGCCAUCUGAUAUAAAGGACCCUAACUACGACAGUGAGGCCGAAGAUAACGUAGUAUUUGUGUCCACAGUGGUUGACUCGCCCAAAAAGUCAACGCCGACGCUCGAGCCUGACGAAUUGGCGGCUAAGGAGCUAGCAAUUAAUGCACCACCUGAGAUCAAGAAGCGCACGACCGAGAUCUUGGAAGAAUAUUUUACUAAUGGAGAUGCUGACGAAGUGCUAAGCUCGCUCAAUGACCUGGACGAGCCGGAGUAUCACUACGAGGUCGUGAAACGUGCAAUUACCAUGGCUAUGGACAAGAAUGACAAGGAGCGUGAAUUGGCGUCGCGAUUGCUGUCGACGUUGUAUUUGGAUGGAUUUACAUCCGGACAAGUUCUCAUGGGCUUUCGUCGUGUGCUGCUGUUGGCAGGUGACUUGCAGAUUGACAUUCCUACAGCGAAGAACAUGCUAGCCAUUUUUUGUGCGCGCGCGGUGGUUGACGAAAUCCUACCGCCUAGCUUCCUAGAGGAUCCCUUUAUCACGCGAUACGCCCCUGAGAUUGCGGCCGAGGCUAUUAAGAAGCUGAGCAUUAACCAUGCGACGGCGCGGAUGGAGAAGGCUUGGGGACCUGGAGACGGCCGACCUGUCGAGGAGCUCAAGGUGGCCAUCGAUCAGCUGACUAAGGAGUACUUGCUAUCUCGUGACCUCGAAGAGGCUGCGCGCUGCGUCCGCGAGCUGAACGUGCCGCACUUUCACCAUGAGGUAGUCAAGCGUGGCAUCACCAAUUCACUCGAGGAAGGUGGCGAGGCCAAUAGUUUGGCCAUGGCGUCGCUGUUGGCCUAUUUGGUCUUCCACGAGGUGGUAUCCACAGGCCAGCUUAUUAAGGGCUUUGAGCGCUUCAAACUAGUACUAUACGACGUGGCGCUUGACAUUCCAAAUGCGGCCGCGUUGUUCAAAGACAUCGUAGCACGUGGCAUUAGCGACGGCAUCCUCCCCAAGGACUUUGACGCCAGCGCGGCCAAGAAGCAGUAA